AUGAUUGCCAUUAUUGGACAAAUGAAGAUGUACCUGAGCACUAGCAUGAGGAUGAAUACCUUUCUCUUCGUGUGUGGCUGCUUUUGCCUUACUUUCACUGGAGCCUCUGAAACAGAGAGAAGGCUUCAUCAGAAGCUAUUUGAAAACUACAACAUGAAAGUGAGACCAGCUCGUUACUGGGAGGAUAAGGUGACGGUGCGGGUGGGGAUGACCCUCUCUCAGCUUGUCAGCUUGAAUGAGAAGAACGGCGAGAUGACGACUAACGUGUUCAUGAAUCUGGAAUGGACAGACUACAGGCUGUCCUGGAACCCAGCUGAAUAUGACGACAUUAAUGUUCUGAGAAUUCCUCCCAACAAGGUGUGGCGACCUGACAUCUACCUCAUAAACAAUAAUGACGGCCAGUUUGAUGUGGCUCUGUACGUCAACGUCUUGGUUUACAGUGACGGCACUGUUAAGUGGCUUCCACCCGCCAUCUACCGCAGUUCCUGCUCUAUAGAGGUGGCGUACUUCCCAUUUGACUGGCAAAACUGCAGCAUGAUUUUCCGCUCGUACACCUAUGAUUCCUCUGAGGUUGACCUGCAAUACUUUCUGGAUGAUGACGGCAAAGAGAUCCAAGAGAUUGUAAUAGAUGAGAACGCUUUCACUGAGAAUGGUGAAUGGGCCAUUUGUCACAAACCAACAAGAAAGAACGUUAAGGAGGACCUGUAUGAGGACAUCACCUUCUAUCUCAUCAUAGAGAGGAAGCCUCUUUUCUACAUCAUCAACAUCAUUGUGCCCUGUAUCCUCACCAGCGUGUUGGCUAUAUUUGUCUUCUACCUGCCUCCUGGAGCAGGAGAGAAAAUGACUCUUUCCAUUUCCGUCCUCAUUGCUCUGACUGUCUUCAUGUUGCUGCUGGCUGACAAGGUCCCAGAGACUUCCCUCGGCAUCCCAAUUAUUGUCAACUACGUCAUGUUCACUAUGAUCUUGGUGACCUUCUCUGUCAUCCUAAGUGUGGUAGUCCUCAACCUGCAUCACCGAACACCCAGCACACACAUCAUGCCAAGCUGGGUCCGAAAGGUGUUCAUACAUUUCCUGCCUAAAUACAUUGGCAUGAUGAGGCCAAAACCAGAGGAACCCUUUUUGGAAGAGGAAUCUUCUGAUGACACACCUAUUCAAAGCUACAAUGGGCGACAGCCGGGAGGAGAGUAUUUCAUUCGCAAGAUCAACCCUGAUCUUGUCUUACCUUGGCGAGGCAGGUGUGAGAGCACAGUACAGCUCCAGAGAGUCCCCAACACUGACAGUUUCUGUCUGAUCCUCCCUCCCAAUCUGAAGUCAGCCAUCGCUGCUGUGACAUACAUGGCCGAGCAGCUGAAGAAGCAGGACACGGAUGACUCGCUGACAGGAGACUGGCAGUUCAUCGCCCUGGUGGUGGACCGUCUCUUCUUGUGGUUGUUUGUCAUCAUCACCACCCUGGGAACUCUGGCUAUGUUCCUGGAUGCCAGUUUCAAUUACACACCUGACAACCCCUUCCCAUAG